AGGGGAGGAGGGCUGGCACCGGAGCGCCGCGGCGUCGGUGCAAUAAAAAUGCAUCGCAUGGAACUGCCGGUGGAGAAGGACGGGACGGAGCCGGGGCAGCCAGAGGAGGUGGGAAAAGCGGAGGAGGACGCCCAGGAGGAGGCGGCAGCUGCGGCGGCCGGGAAGUGAAAGGUCUCGCAAAGUUCAGCGGCGGCUGCGGGCGCCGAGCCCCGGGCUAGCGGCGGACGAGCCCGCAGGGCAGCUCCGCGGGGCAGCACGGCCAGGCCGGCUAUGGUCCCGGGGCUCCCACCGCCCCCCAGGUGCCCGGGACCCGCCACGCCGGUGCGCGAGGGUCACCCCACCUCCCCGCGCGGUCCCGGCCCCUGGCUUCCCGCUGCCGGCGCCCGCUGACCAAGCCCGGCGCCCCAGGAGGAGGAAGAAACCAGGGCCCCGGUCCUUCCCGAGGACGGCGGCGCUUCAUCCCGCAGCCCAGAGGUCUCGGCUCCCUCCCGCACCCGCCCGGCCCGGCUGCUCCCGGCUCCUCCCGGCCAUGGGGAGCUGCGCGCGGCUGCUGCUGCUCUGGGGCUGCACGGUGGUGGCCGCAGGACUGAGUGGAGUAGCUGGAGCGAGUUCCCGCUGUGAAAAAGCCUGCAACCCUCGGAUGGGAAAUUUGGCUUUGGGGCGAAAACUCUGGGCAGACACCACCUGCGGUCAGAAUGCUACCGAACUGUACUGCUUCUACAGUGAGAACACGGAUCUGACUUGUCGGCAGCCCAAAUGUGACAAGUGCAAUGCUGCCCAUCCUCACCUGGCUCACCUGCCAUCUGCCAUGGCAGACUCGUCCUUCCGGUUUCCUCGCACGUGGUGGCAGUCUGCGGAGGAUGUGCACAGAGAAAAGAUCCAGUUAGACCUGGAAGCUGAAUUCUACUUCACUCACCUAAUUAUGGUGUUCAAGUCCCCCAGGCCGGCUGCCAUGGUGCUGGACCGCUCCCAGGACUUUGGGAGAACAUGGAAGCCUUAUAAGUACUUCGCGACUAACUGCUCUGCUACAUUUGGCCUGGAAGAUGACGUUGUCAAGAAGGGAGCUAUUUGUACUUCUAAAUACUCCAGUCCUUUUCCAUGCACUGGAGGAGAGGUUAUUUUCAAAGCUUUGUCACCACCAUACGAUACAGAGAACCCUUACAGUGUCAAAGUUCAGGAGCAGCUGAAGAUCACCAACCUUCGCGUGCAGUUGCUAAAACGACAGUCUUGUCCCUGUCAGAGAAAUGACCUGAAUGAAGAGCCUCAACAUUUUACACACUAUGCAAUCUAUGAUUUCAUUGUCAAGGGCAGCUGCUUCUGCAAUGGCCACGCUGAUCAAUGCAUACCUGUUCAUGGCUUCAGACCUGUCAAGGCCCCAGGAACAUUCCACAUGGUUCAUACAUCUCCUGGGCUUUCCUCUGAACUUCUACUUCUCUGCAUCCCCCAGGAGACUGCGAACUCUCUGAGAAACUGUAUGAUCUUUGCAUCCUUGGGACCAAGUGCAUUACCUGGGCCGGAAGUCCAUGGGAAGUGUAUGUGUAAGCACAACACAGCAGGCAGCCACUGCCAGCACUGUGCUCCGUUAUACAACGACCGGCCAUGGGAGGCAGCUGAUGGCAAAACGGGGGCUCCCAAUGAGUGCAGAACCUGCAAGUGUAAUGGGCAUGCCGAUACCUGUCACUUCGACGUCAAUGUGUGGGAGGCAUCGGGGAAUCGUAGCGGUGGCGUCUGUGAUGACUGUCAGCACAACACAGAAGGACAGCAUUGCCAGAGGUGCAAGCCAGGCUUCUAUCGUGACCUGCGGAGACCCUUCUCAGCUCCAGAUGCUUGCAAACCAUGUUCCUGCCAUCCUGUAGGAUCAGCUGUCCUUCCUGCCAACUCAGUGACCUUCUGCGACCCCAGCAAUGGUGACUGCCCUUGCAAGCCUGGGGUGGCAGGGCGACAUUGUGACAGGUGCAUGGUGGGAUACUGGGGCUUCGGAGACUAUGGCUGUCGACCAUGUGACUGUGCGGGGAGCUGCGACCCUAUCACUGGAGACUGCAGCAGCAGCAACACAGACAUAGACUGGUAUCACGAAGUUCCUGACUUCCGUCCCGUGCACAAUGAGAGCGAACCAGCCUGGGAGUGGGAGGACGCACAGGGGUUCUCUGCGCUUCUACAUUCAGGUAAAUGCGAAUGUAAGGAACAGAUAUUAGGAAACGCCAAGGCAUUCUGUGGAAUGAAAUAUUCAUAUGUGCUAAAAAUAAAGAUUUUAUCAGCUCAUGAUAAAGGUACUCAUGUUGAGGUCAAUGUGAAGAUUAAAAAGGUCUUAAAAUCUACCAAACUGAAGAUUUUCCGAGGAAAGCGAACAUUAUAUCCAGAAUCAUGGACGGACAGAGGAUGCACUUGUCCAAUCCUCAAUCCUGGUUUGGAAUACCUUGUAGCAGGACAUGAGGAUGUAAGAACAGGCAAACUAAUUGUGAAUAUGAAAAGCUUUGUCCAGCACUGGAAACCUUCUCUUGGAAGAAAAGUCAUGGAUAUUUUAAAAAGAGAGUGCAAGUAGCAUUAAGAUGGAUAGCACAUGAUGGCACUUCUCUAUGUACAAAACACAAAUUUUAGAGCAAGAAGACUCAGACAGGAAACUGGAAUUUUUGAAAGUGCCAAAACAUAUAGAAAUGUUUGAAUGCAUGGGUCUCAUCUUAACUUAUCUCUUCUGGACCCAUGUUUAAAUGUAGUUUUAUUUCAUGAAGAGAAAUGAAAACCCCUAUGCUGAUAUCUGUUUUCUAUGGGACCGAUUCUGAAAUUCUUAACUAUUAAGGAUAUUUUAAUAGCAGCAUGACAUUUAGCAGUAAUCCAUUAAGGGCAGUACCUCUAACAAGGACGCCUUCCAGCUUCAGCUACAUUACUUACAUUUGAUGCUAAAGUAAUGAAUGAGGUUUUAAGGAAUUCCCAACCCUACUAUCAGAAAAGGUAUUUCUUUAAAAAGAGCCUUCUCUUGUGUGUUAUGCAUGAACUUUGGUCUGUAGGUGUUAAAUGGAGCCUCUCCACGUGUAUAUAGUAUUUCCUUGUAUAAAGCACUUUACUACGUACCACUUGUGUUGUGAAUGUUUGGAGACUGCUGUUGGAAAAAGAAAAGAGUGUGUGAGAAAGCCUACUGAAGCAAAAGCGCUGCCACUACAGGUGGACAAAAGUGACCAUAUAAAAGAAGUUGUGCCAUUUAACUCUGAAUACUUGGAGAAACUAGGUGAAGAUGCAACCAGAAAGGAGAAUAUGUAUGCAUGAAGACUCAGCUUCGACCUGGAGGCUAGAUUCCAAGAUGACAGCCAUGAUGAAACUUUUUAAAAAACUAAACCAGAAGAGACUUUACAAUAAGAGAAAGAAAUCAUAAAUGUAGACAUAUGCUUGGCUAAAGUGGAAAUGGACUUUAAAUUUUAAAAAGCUCAUUUGCAACGCACUUGUAUACACUUCAAAAAUUAUUGUAGACACAGAAUUUGUUAUAUUUUUGUGCUUAGUAUUUAAACCUGAACAUUGAAACAGUUGUCCUCCUUGUCUUUCUUAACAGUAAGUCAUUAUAUUUACCUGUUUUUUAACACAAUGUAUGUGAUAGCCAACAAAUCACAGUUUUUCAUUAUUAUUCAUCUUCUAUACCCAUGCAUAACCACUAUACAUAGUUUCUUUUGUACUUGAAUAUACAAAACAUGAACACAGUGCCAUAUGAAUAAUUUCACAUACAGAACCAUUUUUUCCCUGAAGUCCUGUGGACUUGCAAAAAUAUAUAUAUAUUGCUUUGUUAAUUUGUUUUUAUAUUUCAUAUAUGUAAUAAAGGAAUAUGAUCUCUUGA